AAAGUGUUCCUACCGACUAAGUGACGGUUAAUCGUUCAACGCGAGAAACAUUCAACUAUGGACAAAUAUGGCGAACGUUUAUUUUUACCGGAUAUGUCGUCGUUACUUCCGUUAUUAAGGCAUAUCCAGAGAUAAACUGCGUAAUCGCAUACCCAUGUCCACAGGCAAAUUGACCAAUCAAGUCUCAUAUAAGUGUCUCAUAUAAAUGGCGUCACAUUAGCACUUGGAGCACGAUGGAUUGAUUCCUGUGCACGCAUAUUAUACGACCAUGCAAGUUUGCUGGAUGAGCCUUUACAGCCUGCGGUUGUGCACGUGUUUUGAUACGUGCAACAUAACCUGCAUUUGAUGGCAUAACUUGAAAGUACGUUCCUGUUUAAUGUCAGUUUGAUUCAACUGGGAUAUUUCGAUAUUUUACGCCUAUUUUGGUGUGAUAACGAUACGAUUAUGGCAAAGGUUUUGCGGAAACGUGCUAAAACGAAAAAAAACACGAGAGAGGAAUUAGGUCUGCUUGAUAAAUCGGUAUUAAUAGAUAAAAUAAUUCAAUUAGAAGCUCAUAACGAACAACUCAAAGUAUUGAUUGCAAAGACAACGGAUAUAAAAUCGGAGAAGAAAAGGAUGUCUGAAAAAGUGCACAAACCGUUUGAUUUCUCUCGAUGUCACAAGAGGCAUAUACUUUUGAAAUUAUAUUAUCUCGGUUGGAAUUAUGAUGGUUUUACUGUACAAGAAGAUAGCAAUGCUACUAUUGAACAUCACUUAUUCGCAGCUCUUACAAAGAGCUGUUGCAUAGAAUCUCGUGAGACCUCAAAUUAUCAUCGGUGUGGACGAACUGAUAAAGGUGUCAGUUCAUUCUGUCAAGUGAUUUCUUUAGAUAUACGUAGCAAGUUGGAGCCUGAGCAACAAAGUAACUUAUCUAAAGAAUUACCUUACUGUAAAAUAUUGAACAAAUUGUUGCCAACAAAUAUAAGAUGUAUAGCAUGGUGUCCAAUAUCAUCUGAUUUUUCCGCGAGAUUUGACUGCAAGUAUAGAAAAUAUAAAUACUUCUUUCCAAGAGGUAAUUUGGAUAUAGAUGCAAUGGAUAAAGCAGUCAAGUAUGUCAUAGGAGAAUUUGAUUUUCGUAACAUUUGUAAAAUGGAUGUAGCAAAUGGCGUAACUAAUUUUAAGAGAAAAGUAAUCGAUGCAAAAAUCUCUAUGAAUAACCAAGCGGUAGACAAAUCCACAGGCUAUGAUAUAUGCGAAUUAGAGAUCACUAGUCAAGCCUUCCUCUGGCAUCAAAUUCGUUGUUUGAUGGGUAUUUUGCUAUUGGUUGGAAAAAAAAGAGAGGAACCUGAAAUAAUCUCAAAGCUUCUGGACAUUGAAACCUGUCCACAGAAGCCUCAAUACAAUAUGGCUCAUGAAGUACCAUUGAAUCUUUGGUACUCUGAUUAUAAAGACACAGAAUGGAUUAUUGAUGAAAACGAAUUAAUAAACACUAUCAAAACAUUACAGCGAGAUUGGACUCUCAAUACCAUAAAAUCUAUAAUGAUUAAAAAUAUGUUGGCAGAAUUGGAAAAUAUAGCCAACUCCACAAAUAAUGAUUUCCAAAGCGAUUGCUUGCUCCUCGGAGCACAAUCAAAAGUGUAUCAACCAUUGAUGAAACGAGAAGUGUGUGAGAGUUUAGAAAAUAAAAUCAAACAUUAUGAGAAAAAACGAAAACUCGAGGUCGUACAUUCCGAUGUUGUGUAGUGCGCAACUGUGUUAAUGCAGGGUUUGUAAUGUAUUACACAUGUACUAACAUUUUUAAACACACACAUUUCUUACUGUAAGUAAAUAUCAUAUAUGGCGUUUUUUAAUAUUUUGCUACUUAUGGGAGCGCUUUGUUCAGCCUUAUUGUUCAUCAAAUUUUGAUCCAGUGAUCAAGAAUCUUUAGCCGCUGUAAGUUUUCACUUCCAAAACAAUAAAUUUCACGGGAACAUCUCUAUGAACUGGCGCUAUAAAAAACGUUGAUAGGCCCGUUAACAACGCACGCGAGACGACGAACGAAGCUUCUAUAUAUCGCGAUCUAUGUAAAGAUAGUUCUAGACAGAUAAAAGUCGCGUCCAUUAAACUUGGCGGGUUCUUGUGCAUAGUUUAUUAGCGUAAUUGAGCUAAA